AUGCCACUUCAACUAGAGGACCCGAUGGAGGGACCUCGUUCCAAGCGGGUGAGUGCGAAGAAGUUCGCUUCUUCGCACGCUGUACAGAAGGAUGGAAGUGGACCUCUACCUUCUACACGAGGUCGCAGUCGGCCGGCCAGCUCCCGCAGCCGCGAAGCGCCUAGCGAUGGCGAAUCUUUUCUGUCCAGACGAUCGUUGCGGAAGGGCGUGAUCUCAACUGCAAUCCGGAGCAUUUCAAAGGUCGCGCUGCCUAGUGCCGCUGCGACGCUAAAAGCUGCACGGAGAACGCCUUCGUUACAUGGUUCUACGGGAUCGUCUAUCAGAGACUCAGCCCUACAGACAAAAGAUCUGAAAAGCCAUCGGUCGCCUAAGCUGCGGCCGACAACAUCAGGAGGUGGGCCGACAAGCAAAUCCUCAAAUAGACAGGAUAGCGGAAAUGACGCCACGGCGCCUGUAAUGUUACGCGGUCCGUUGAUGCGUCUUGUUGCCGAGUCUGCUCUUCCGGCUUUCACUGGCGCCAGUGCGGUCGGGGGGCAACCCCAUAUGGUCGACAAAGUGAACCAGGGGAAACCGGCGGGGCGCAAAGAGGACCGGCCGACAGAUCAACGAACAUCAGUUUCUAACUGCAGCGCCCGCGCUGAAGAGGAACCUCCGGCCAAGGGACGCAUAUUUUCCGUCUCUUCAGUAGGCAAAGACCGUGGACUAUCUUCGACAUUAUCCGCUACUAGCCAGUCCCGACGCAUCUCUGAAGUAUCUCAUGAAACUGGAGACGCGACAAAAUUCAACGUGGGCGGCGCUUCCGGGACUGCAGUGGUCCGCGAAGAGCAGAAGACGGUUCAGAAGGGAGUGCCGCGUCGCGAGAUCGGAGUGGCGUCGUCUAGCGAGUCUAGUACCCUCGUCGGUAGUUCGGGCUCAGCUGGAUUCCAAACCGUGAACUUACUGGCUGAGUUGGAUUUCAAACACGUGACUCCACACCAAGUCUUGAGUCGCGACAUAACAUUUAAGAAGCCGCUUCACUCUAGAAUGCGUGUCAAUGUCGAAUCCACGUUAAUGCUCAAGGCUGGGAAGGCCGGCGAAGCGAAUGCAGUUGCGGAGGACAAGCGAGUUGUUCAGUUCUCAAAGAGCUUCGAUUUCACUGGAAAUGGCUGUGCCAGUGUUGCCACAACCUCGGCAAAAAGCCGGAGGUCUCAAGCGUCCAUCUUCGUUCUGAGAGAUCCUACUGAACAGUCAACGUCGAUGCCUCGGCACCGUCAUCGCCCUUCAAAGGCCGCCGUCGUUUUAUCCGGUCAACAGCAAUUGGGCACCUGUAGCACUGACAAAGUUUUGAGUAAACCCGACACUGACGUCCCUCGGUCAGAUCAUCACAUUGGUGAGGUACACUCAGUGGCACAGUCUGUUCUUGGUACUGCCGAAAUGCAAACCACCCAAGACCAGACGCCUUGUCAAUCCGGGCGCCCUCUUAAACCCCACCUACACGACGAUGCCACCACCACUACACUGGCCCACCCAGAAACCUCAAACGCCUCCAAGGCUGGACACGGCGCCAACGCCACGACCUCACGCACGGUGGCAUUAGCGAAGGACAUGGGAGCGAAGGUCCUGGCCUGCAAGGGCUUGCCUGUCGCAAAGAAGGCGUUGCCCGGAAGUACUGCGCCGAAGAACGAGGGCGAGGCGAAGGAGGAGCCUAAGGCCGCAGACGUCGCCAAGGCCGCAGACACCGCCAAGGCUGGAGAGGGCGCCAAGGCGGGAGACAGCGCGAAGAGUGGGGAGGCACCGAAGGCGGCGUUGGCGAAGGACGUGGGAGCGAAGGUCUUGGCGGGCAAGGGCUUGCCUAUCGCAAAGAAGGCGUUGCCCGGAAGUCCUGCGCCGAAGAGCGAGGGCGAGGCGAAGGAGGAGCCUAAGGCCGCAGACGCCGCCAAGGCCGCAGACGUCGCCAAGGCCGCAGACACCGCCAAGGCUGGAGAGGGCGCCAAGGCGGGAGACAGCGCGAAGAGUGGGGAGGCACCGAAGGCGGCGUUGGCGAAGGACGUGGGAGCGAAGGGCUUGGCGGGCAAGGGCUUGCCUAUCGCAAAGAAGGCGUUGCCCGGAAGUCCUGCGCCGAAGAGCGAGGGCGAGGCGAAGGAGGAGCCUAAGGCCGCAGACGCCGCCGAGGCUGGAGAGGGCGCCAAGGCGGGAGAGGGUGCGAAGAGCGGGGAGGCACCGAAGGCGGCGUUGGCGAAGGACGUGGGAGCGAAGGGCUUGGCGGGCAAGGGCUUGCCUAUCGCAAAGAAGGCGUUGCCCGGAAGUCCUGCGCCGAAGAGCGAGGGCGAGGCGAAGGAGGAGCCUAAGGCCGCAGACGCCGCCAAGGCUGGAGAGGGCGCCAAGGCGGGAGAGGGCGCGAAGAGCGGGGAGGCACCGAAGGCGGCGUUGGCGAAGGACGUGGGAGCGAAGGGCUUGGCGGGCAAGGGCUUGCCUAUCGCAAAGAAGGCGUUGCCCGGAAGUCCUGCGCCGAAGAGCGAGGGCGAGGCGAAGGAGGAGCCUAAGGCCGCAGACGCCGCCGAGGCUGGAGAGGGCGCCAAGGCGGGAGAGGGUGCGAAGAGCGGGGAGGCACCGAAGGCGGCGUUGGCGAAGGACGUGGGAGCGAAGGGCUUGGCGGGCAAGGGCUUGCCUAUCGCAAAGAAUGCGUUGCCCGGAAGUCCUGUGCCGAAGAGCGAGGGCGAGGCGAAGGAGGAGCCUAAGGCCGCAGACGCCGCCAAGGCUGGAGAGGGCGCCAAGGCGGGAGAGGGCGCGAAGAGCGGGGAGGCACCGAAGGCGGCGUUGGCGAAGGACGUGGGAGCGAAGGGCUUGGCGGGCAAGGGCUUGCCUAUCGCAAAGAAGGCGUUGCCCGGAAGUCCUGCGCCGAAGAGCGAGGGCGAGGCGAAGGAGGAGCCUAAGGCCGCAGAGGGCGCCAAGGCGGGAGAGGGCGCGAAGAGCGGGGAGGCACCGAAGGCGGCGUUGGCGAAGGACGUGGGAGCGAAGGGCUUGGCGGGCAAGGGCUUGCCUAUCGCAAAGAAGGCGUUGCCCGGAAGUCCUGCGCCGAAGAGCGAGGGCGAGGCGAAGGAGGAGCCUAAGGCCGCAGACGCCCCAGCGCGCGUCGCCAGGCAGCGCCGGCGGAGAGGGCGCGAAGAGCGGGCAGGCACCGAAGGCGGCGUUGGCGAAGGACGUGGGAGCGAAGGGCUUGGCGGGCAAGGGCUUGCCUGUCGCAAAGAAGGCGUUGCCCGGAAGUCCUGCGCCGAAGAGCGAGGGCGAGGCGAAGGAGGAGCCCAAGGCCGCAGACGCCGCCAAGGCUGGAGAGGGCGCCAAGGCGGGAGAGGGCGCGAAGAGCGGGGAGGCACCGAAGGCGGCGUUGGCGAAGGACGUGGGAGCGAAGGGCUUGGCGGGCAAGGGCUUGCCUAUCGCAAAGAAGGCGUUGCCCGGAAGUCCUGCGCCGAAGAGCGAGGGCGAGGCGAGGGAGGAGCCUAA